AUCAGACUCAGGACAGAAACACACGACCUCUAAAAAAUGGACCAAACUCCAUAUUUCAUUCUUCUUCUCAUUGCUCUCUGCUCCGUAUCUGAAUGUGUUCAGCGUCAGUAUCACUUUAUAAAUGAGAGGAAGAACUGGACUGAAGCUCAGAGAUACUGCAGAGAGAAUUACACAGAUCUGGCCACCGCUGACAACAUGAACGACAUGAACGAGCUGAAAGAGACUGUAAAUAAUAGAGGUGUUAAUUCUGUCUGGAUUGGGCUACAGAAGACGGCUCGUGAUAAAUGGCGGUGGUCUUCAGGUGAAUCUGUGCUUUAUCUGAACUGGGCUACUGGACAACCAGAAGGCACAGAUGAGUGUGCUAUGAUGCUGAGUGGAGAAUGGCACAAAUUGCAAUGUAGUACAGCUCGACAUUUUAUCUGCAACAACACAAACAAAGGACUCGUCUUUAUCAAUCAGACAAUGAAUUGGACAGACGCUCAGAGUUACUGCAGACAGAAUCACACUGAUCUGGUCAGUGUGAGAAACCAGAAUGAGAAUCAACAGGUUGAGAAGAUCGUGAAUGAUAGUCACAUAUCUGAUGUCUGGAUCGGUCUGUUCAGAGACUCAUGGCAGUGGUCAGAUCAGAGUAACUCCUCAUUCAGAUACUGGAGCACUGGUGAACCUAAUAAUGCUGGUGAAAACUGUGCAGCUGUUCAACCGAACACUCAGGGACAAUGGAUUGACAGCCAAUGCACCAACCAUUUAAAUUUUGUGUGUCAUGAAGAUAAACUGAUUGUGAUCACAAAGAAUCUGACCUGGUCUGAAGCUCUGAGAUACUGCAGACAGAAUCAUGUGGAUCUGGUUUCGGUUCAUUCAGAAGAGAUUCAGCGUCGUGUGAUGAAUAUGGUUAAACGGGCGUCUACUGCGGCGGUGUGGUUGGGUUUACGUCACUCCCGUAUUUUGGGCAUCUGGUACUGGGUGAGUGGAGAGACCGUGUGCUAUCAGAACUGGGCUCCAGGGAACGGCACAUCAGAGGAGGACUGUGAACACACAGUGAGAUCUGGAGCAGUUCAGUCUGGAGGAGAUCAGCGCUGGAUCAGCCGUCCUGAAACUGACAAACUCAACUUCAUCUGCAGUAGAAAUUAAGAGUGAAAGGAUACACAGACCUUUCAUGUAAGUUGUACUAUUCUGAGCAGCAGGCGACACCAGCGUGUGGUGUUUUGAAUUAUUUUGCAAAGCAAUUUUUUCAGUUGAUUCAACAUAAAUGUUUCAAAUGCAUUGUUCAUUUUCAUUGAGCUGUAAAUUGUCUACAUUAUUCUUUGGAGGGUCUGUUUGUCUUCAGGUGGAUGAAUUUCUGUUGUAAACUAUCAGUGUGAUUCCUGUGGGUUUCUUUGUUCUAUUUUAAGAGCCUUAAUGGCCAGAAUCGCGGUUAAUGCAUGUUUUGCUUUUGCACACUCUUUUAACA